AUGGAGUCGGAGGCAUUCGAGGACAUGCAGAAGGGCGGCGGAGCCUUGCAAACGGCCAAGGAUUUGGGUGCGGGCGCUGCUGGUGGUAUUGCACAGGUCUUGCUCGGACAACCUUUUGAUAUUGUCAAGGUGCGGUUGCAAACCACCACUCAAUACUCGAGUGCGCUUGAUUGUGCCACCAAGAUUCUCAAAAACGAGGGCCCAGCUGCCUUCUACAAGGGAACCUUGACCCCACUGAUUGGAAUUGGAGCUUGCGUGAGCGUGCAAUUUGGUGCUUUCCAUGAAGCUCGCAGGCGUUUGGAGGCACUCAACAAGAAGAAAUACGCCGACUCUACUCUCUCUUAUGGACAGUAUUAUUUGGCUGGAGGUAUUGCCGGACUUACCAACUCGGUGCUGUCCGGUCCCAUUGAACACAUCCGUAUUCGCUUGCAGACCCAGCCGCACGGUGCUGGCCGACUAUACAAUGGUCCCAUUGACUGCAUCCGGAAGCUCUCUGCCCAGGGAGGUGUGAUGCGUGGUCUCUUCAGAGGUCAGAAUGUCACCUAUUUCCGAGAAAUCCAGGCCUACGGUAUGUGGUUCUUGGCUUUUGAGUACAUGAUGAACCAAGACGCCAAGCGCAACAACAUCAAGCGCGAGGAUAUUUCCAGCUUGAAGGUUGCCACAUACGGUGGUUUGGCCGGUGAAGCCCUUUGGUUGUCCAGUUAUCCAUUCGAUGUCGUCAAGUCAAGCAUGCAAAGUGAUGGGUUCGGUUCUCAACAAAAGUACAGCAGCACAAUCGACUGCUUCAAGAAGAUCCACGCCGCCCAAGGACUGGGUGGUUUCUGGAAGGGUCUUGGACCAACUCUGCUGAGAGCUAUGCCAGUCUCUGCAGGAACAUUCUUUGUUGUUGAGCUUACUAUGAGAGCUCUGGGUUAA